AUGGCUCGUAUUCUCAUCACCGGCUCUACCGACGGGUUUGGCUUCGAGGCCGCACGUCAGCUCAUCGAGCGAAAACAUCAAGUUUAUCUCCAUGCUCGAAACCAGCAGCGUGCCGAUGAAGUCAAGACGAAACUUCCAGGAGCUGCUGGUGUUCUGAUUGCCGACUUGACAACAGUUGCAGAGUCACGCAAGCUCGCGGAGGAAGUGAACGCGAUUGGCACUUUUGACGCCGUCUUUCUAAACGCUGGGCUUUUCCACGGACCCUUUCGAAAGUCAGACCUUGGUGUUCCAGCAAGUGUCUUUGUCAACCUCGUCUCCCCUUAUAUCUUCGCCGCUCUCCUUACGCCACCUAAGCGUCUGAUCUUCAUCGCUUCUGUUCUGCACCACGAGGCCGACACAAGCCUAAAGGACAUCUUCUGGUUGGAACGUGGAGAGAAAGGCUGGGAUGAAUUCCCAGCAUACUGCGACGCCAAGUUCCAUAUUGUCCUACUGGUCAAUGCGUUGGCCAGGCGAUUGAAGAACACCUCAGUAAUUGCUAUGCAUCCUGGAUACGUUCCCACCAAGCUUUCAGAUCCAAAUGCUCCCGACAAGAUGGAGGAUGGUAUUGAGACAUAUGUUAUGUUGGCUGAGGGUGAUUAUGAUACUACUUUGACUGGUGUCUACUUUGAUCCUAAGCGAGAGAGGGCUCAGCCUCAUGCCUUGACGGCAGAUCAAGAUAAGCAGGAGGCUGUAGUUAAGGCUUGUGAGGACCUCACUGGUGUAAAGCUUCAAAGCUCCUAG